GCUUAUUGACAGAUCCCAAGAAUUCUCUCUUUUCUCAUAGCUUUAGGUUUUCCUAAUUACUUGUCCUUACGUCACCACCACCUCCCCCGUCUCGAUGGCCAAAUCCGAAACUUUCGCCUCUAUUUUCACCAUCACCGUCACCCUCCUCUUCUCCUCCUUCGCCACCGUCUCAGCCGGCAAACACCCUCGUUUCCAUCGAAGCAUCUCCGAAGCAUCUUUGGGUGUCCAUAAGGAGAAGCUGAGCCACCUUCGCUUCUAUUUCCACGACAUUGUCAGUGGGCCAAAGCCCACUGCCGUCAGAGUCGCUCAGGCCAAAAUGACCAACACUUCCCCCACGCUUUUCGGAGUCGUGGUCAUGGCCGACGACCCAUUGACCUUGGGCCCCGAGCCUGGCUCCAAACUCGUGGGAAAGGCCCAAGGGAUUUACGGCUCUGCGGCCCAGGACGAGACGGGCCUGUUGAUGGUGAUGAACUUCGCGUUCACCGAUGGGAAAUAUAACGGCAGCACCCUCAGCGUGUUAGGGCGGAACGCGGUGUUCUCCGCCGUGAGGGAGAUGCCUAUCGUUGGCGGCUGCGGAGCUUUCCGGUUUGCACGUGGGUAUGCUCAGGCCAAGACUCACACGUUUGAUCUCAAAACGGGGGAUGCUGUUGUCGAGUACAACGUCUACGUGUUCCACUAUUAACCAGUGCUUUGGAGUUCGGAUGGCAUCUUUCCACUGUCUUAUUAUUUACUUUACUUUCACCUUUUUACAGAAACAGUUAGAUGCUUUUGGUAUAUAUAAUUAUGAUUUCACAUAUUCCAUGUGCACUUAAACUUCCGGUUAUUACGAGAUUUGUAUUUGUGAUUUAA